AUGCGCAUGGCUGCUCGAUUCACCCCAUCUUUGUUUUCACAGUCUAUCUUGACUACUGCUACUACUGCACAGGCCUCGGCCACACAGAAGUCUGAUACAUCCAGCACUACUUCGGCUCCAGCGACAACCACCACCCCCGCCUCCACCACCCCUGCAGCUACGUCUACCCAGCAAUCCUCGGCUUCCGUCGUCCCUACUACUUCGUCCUCUUCAACCACGUCUUCAUCGUCCACGUCCUCCAGCACAGGCACCUCAUCCUCCAGCACUUCUACCUCAUCUACAUCCUCAUCUCUAGUCACACAAACUGCACUGACCACGACCCCCACAGCGGUUGUGACUUUGCACACCACCUCCACGCCCACGUCACAAACUAAUAUCAUCCUUGGUACUGGAACCAGCACAUCCGCAACUCCUUCUUCGACUGCUGGCUCCUCAGGGUCCGUUAACACCGCUGCAGUCGUAGGUGGUAUUGUUGGCUGUCUCGCUGGUUUGGCUGUCCUAGGUUUCCUGGUCAUGUGGUGCAUUCGGCGCAAACGCAAGUCCGAUGAAGACGAAUGGAGCGCUGCAGCCUUCAAACGUCAGUCUGCUAUCCUAGUGGACGAUCCUGAACCGUCCUUCAACCCCCGCCCGCCAAGCAUGAUCGAACGUCACAAUGCGUCUCCCGCAUUGACCGCUCAACGCAACUACCAAAACUAUUACGCUGGUUAUGGUCAACAAGCUGCAUACGGGCCUGAUGAAAACAUGCAUGCUGGCUCUCCUCCGAUGCAGCCACACCUCCAGGUGCCAAUGGGGCAUGCCUCGGACCAUGGUCAUCUCACUAGGCAACCGUCCAGCGCGACAUACUUGUCCCGUCAACCAACCGCUGCAGGAUACCCCAUCCCUAACGAUCCUCAGGCUCACUAUGUUGAUCUCGAUCGUUCCAGCGUGACCCCAUUCCAGGCUGCCCAAUAUGCUGAUAUAUCCCGUCAGCUGGGCAGUGACCCACAUUCCACUACGGCUCCACCCCAGCAAUUGGAUCAUGCUCUUAUGCCUAGCCCCUUCGACGACGCAGCGGAAGAAGCCUAUCCUACGCACGAUGCUGCGCCUCGUGCACUAUCUCCCGUUGACAUUGUCGAUCCAUUUGCCGCUGCUAGUACGGCGUCUGGACCUGAGCCGGCCCCAGCGUCCCGCGGGCGAGACAUCACCAAUGCCAAGCGGCCCGAUACCGUAUACACCAUGUAUGAAGAAGGCGACGCCUAUGAUGGUAUCUAA